GACAGCUUCCUGAGGCAGGGGUUCGAGAUGAUUUCUUCAUUGUGGUCGUUGGGGGCACUCUGCUGUCUGAUGUUGCUCCCAGGCCUGUUGGAGGCUAAAUCUUUGUUAAACGCCAUCAAGCAGGAAGAGAUGGUACCCGUCGGUGGUGUUGGUAUUGACUCAGAGAAAGCAAAUGGCUUUCUGAGUCACUCCAGACCGAAGCGUAACGUGGACCCCAGGUGGUACAGAGGAAACCCAGACUUCCAGGCUUACUACCGCUACUACAGCAGCAUCGGACACACUGAGGGGCUCUAUGAGAUCGACAAGCUGCGGAUGCUCUACCAGCAGAUGAGGUACCUGGAGCACACCUAUGGCCCCGACGCGUCCUAUUUCCAGAACAAACUGGGAGUGCCGAUGAUCAUGUGUGACCCAGCUACAGACAAGAAUUGCAAAGUCGCUCUUCCUCCUCCUCCCCCAAUGAAAGGGGGCCCAAAGCCCACAGAGCCCCCAGCAACCCCUGCUCCUCUCCCUCCUGCUCCAGCCAUUUCCCAGGCUGAUGUACUCUACCUCUGCAACAAGAAAGACCCCCUCUGUAAGCCCCACAUCGUCUACCUGCCCACCGGCUCCGUGCCUGUGCUCUGCGACCCCCGCUACCACCCCCACUGCACUCCCCAGAAAGUUCCAGCUCCAGUCGCAGUGCCCCAACCUCCUCCCCCUCCACCAAAGAAGUCCGCCCCACCUCCACCUCCACCUGUCCUCGUCAAGAAGUCUCUCCCGGUCCCCAUCCGCACCUUCAAGGGUAUGGAGUACGACUGUGACCCCUACUGGGACCCUGACUGCCUGAUUGACCACCCACCCAGGCCCAUUAAGGGGAAGAUUGUGGUCCCCCCGCCGCCACCACCACCCCCUCCUGUGGAGGAGGAAAAGAAAGAGGAACCAGUGGAGCAGCCAGCUCCCCCUGCUCCCAUUGAGAAGAAAGUAGGCCUCUACCCAUACCCUUACUACUACCCCCCCAUGCCCUACAACCCCAGGGAUGAUCUGUAUGACCCGGCCCGCUUCCAGUACCCACAGCCGGCUGCUGCUGCCGAUGAGCCUGCAGAGUCAGGCCACAGUCAGUAA